AUGCGCGACGGGACACGGGACGGGGCGGGCGGCAGCGGUGCUGGGUCAGGGGCGCGCGGGGGUCCCACGGGGGAAGUGGCUCUGGGGGCCCCUGACCCCGAACCCCCGCAGGUGCCGGGCAGCCUCCGGCGGAAGGCGGCGGCGGGCACGGCCCCGUCGGAGCUGCAGGAGCUGCGGAGCCGCACGGAGCGCGCGGAGCGGCGGCUGCUGGCCUGCGAGAACCUGGUCGGGGAGCUGGGCAGCGGCCUGGCCGCCCUCAGCACCCUCCUGCAGGGCUACGGGCAGCUGCAGCAGCGCCUGCUCAACCUGGAGAACCUCCUCAAGAACAGGAACUUCUGGAUCCUGCGCCUGCCCCCCGCCUCCGGAGGGGAGAUCCCCAAGGUGCCGCUCACCUUCGAUGACAUCUCGGUGUAUUUCAACGAGCUGGAGUGGGAGAGGCUGGAGCGCUGGCAGAAGGAUCUGUACAGGGCCGUCAUGAGGGGCAACUAUGAGACCUUGGUGUCCCUGGACUACGCCGUGUCCAAGCCCGACAUCCUGUCCCAGCUGGAGAGGGAUGAAGAGCUCAGUGACAGAGAGGGUCAGGAGUCCCCGUGGACACAGGCUGGGGACGGUCAGGAGCCCCUCUGGGCAGCAGAAGAGAGGGACAAGGCAGACGAGGCUGGAGGAGAUGGAAGCCCCGUGGAAGCUGCCCCAGACGGUGCCGAGUCCAAACCCAGCAGCUGGAGCUGCCUCGAGAGGGAUGAAGAGCCCAGCAACGAAAAGGGUCCCGAGCCCUCAUGGACACAGCCUGGGGACAGCCAGAAAACCCCACAGAUACAGCCUGGGGACAGCCAGAAAACCCCAGAGUCACACAGUGGGAACAGCCCGAAAUCCCCACGGACACGGAGUGGGAACAGCCAGAAAACCCCACAGAUACAACCUGGGGACAGCCCAAAAUCCUCAUGGACACGGAGUGGGAACAGCCAGAAAAUCCUACAAACACAGAAUGGGGACAGCCAGAACCCCCCACAGAUACAACCUGGGGACAGCCCAAAAUCCUCAUGGACACGGAGUGGGAACAGCCAGAAACCCCUACAGACACAGAAUGGGGACAGCCCAAAAUCCCUAUGGACACGGAGUGGGAACAGCCCAAAGUGCCCAUGGGCACAGGGUGGGAACAGCUCAAAGUGCCCAUGGACACGGAGUGGGAACAGCCAGAAAACCCCACAAAUACAGACUGAGGACAGCCAGAACCCCCCACAGAUACAGACUGGGGACAGCCCAAAAUCCUCAUGGACACGGAGUGGGAACAGCCAGAAAACCCCACAGAUACAGAGUGGGGACAGCCCAGAGUCCCCUUGGACACGGAGUGGGAACAGCCCAAAGUCCCCAAGAACACAGAAUGGGAACAGCCCAAAGUCCCCAAGGACACAGAAUGGGAACAGCCCAGAACCCCCAUGGACACAGAGUGGGAACAGCCCAAAGUCCCCAAGGAUACAGAGUGGGAACAGCCCAGAGUCCCCAUGGACACGGAGUGGGAACGGCCCAAAGUCCCCAAGGAUACAGAAUGGGAACAGCCCCGAACCCCCAUGGACACGGAGUGGGAACAGCCCAAAGUCCCCAAGGACACAGAGUGGGAACAGCCCAAAACCCCCACAGACACAGACUGGGAACAGCCCCAAGUCCCCACAGGCAGAGAGUGGGGACAGCCAGACACUGCCUCAGACACAGACUGGGAACAGCCCCAAGUCCCCACAGGCAGAGAGUGGGGACAGCCAGACACUGCCUCAGACACAGACUGGGGACAGUCAGAACCCCCUCCAGACAGGUGUCCCCCACAAUCAGAAGCCCCCACAGACACCAGGAGAGAUGGAGCAGCAGGAAGAGGCUUCGGGAGAGGAUGCCAUGCCCUUGGAAGCUGGCCCAGAGCUCCCCAUCCUGAUGAUGAACGUGAUGUCCCUGGGGGACAAUCAGCUGGGGACGGCGGCAGAGGAGGACGCGGAGAUGGAGGAGGACCCGGGAGAGCCUGACACUGAGGAAGCCUUAUCCAUGGAAGAUGAAACACUGUGUGAAGGGGCUUUUCUUGAGGACAUCAAGGUGAAGGAAGAGGAGCCUGAGCUGCUGGCAGAGGAAUCCACACCCUCUCCCGAUUCAGAGAUCCAGAAGUGUCCCAAAAACGAGCUGGUGAAAGCCAAGAUCAAGAAGAAGCCGAACCGGUGCGAGGCCAGCAACCUCCUGAUGGGCAACUGCCGGCGCGGGUACGUGCGGGAAUGGUCCCAUCCCUGCACGGAGUGCGGGAAGCGCUUCCGCCUCAAGAUCAACCUCAUCAUCCACCAGCGCAGCCACGCCAAGGAGGGGCCCUACGAGUGCCCCGUGUGCGAGAUCGGCUUCAGCACCAAGCGGCACCUGGACCUUCACCGCGGCAUCCACGUCAAGGACAGAGCCUUCGGGGCCAAGGUCUGGGGCAACGUCCACCCCGAGCUGCGCAUCCGCCCGCGCAGGGACCUGUGCGGCGGCGGCCACGCCGGGGGGACCUGGCUGGGCCAGCCCAAGGAGGAGCCGGACAGAGAGGGCCUGUCUGGCACAGGGAUCGUGCAGCCGCCCAACCCCAGGCAGAAGUGCCCCCACUGCAAGAAGUUCCUGGCCUGGUCCACGUCGAUGCGGCGGCACCUCCAGACGCACAUGCGGGACCGGCCCUACUGCUGCAGCUCCUGCAACAAGUGCUUCACCCGCAGCAAUCACCUCCUGCGCCACAAGAAGAUCCAUGAGAGGGCUCUGGCCGCACUCCAGCGGGAGGCCAAGGCCCAGCCCCCUGCUGCUAUCCCGGCGUCCCUGCAGCACCAAGCUCCCGAGGCCGAGAGGAGCCCUUCCCGAGAGAAUGGGAGCCCUGAGGCUGCAAGAGCGAGCCUGCCCAAUGUGCUGCUGUUGGAGGCAAUGCCACUGGGGCUCCCGGACAAGGGCUCCCCACUCCCUGACUGCAUCAGGAAAGCUGUGCAGCCCGUGGUCCAGCUGGGAACGAGGGCAGUGGUUUCGGAGAUGACAGAGAAAUGACAGACCCCAGGACAGAUCUGAGCUGUGCGUGUCCCUGGAAGGAAGCUGCUUGUUGGGUUUGCACCUGGUGGGACACCAAGAAUGGGAAUCUGCUGUGUUUUAGGAGCUUCCCGAGUUGUAGAAAGAAUGGGAAGCUUGGUGACCACAACAGAGAGCAAAUUGCAGAAGCCUCCAGUGAUCCAUAAUGCUUCACCAUUCCACUGACUUGUUCCUGUUGGCUGAUACUUGGAAUUUUCCCAAGCUGACAUUCCUGGGAGAUGACCAGGUGAAUCCUGGUCAUACAGGAGCAGAGCUUUCGCAUUCUUCGAUGUUGGAGCUGACUCCUUGCAUUCGGAAACACAACUGAAGAGGGCAGGGAGAAGGGAAUGGAGCUGGCAGCAUUCCCAUAGAGCCCUUUGCUCCAUGGAACAAGCAUCCUGACUGAGACACCAGAUGGAGAGUGACAUCUCUGAGACCCCACCGUGUCCUGGCCACCCCCACCCUGGGGAGGAGAUCCACCAACAGCCCCUUCAGCAGGUUGGGAACACUGGAGCUUUGCACUGGAAGAUCCAUAGGACAAACCAAACCCCAAUAUUCUGUGCUGGCAUAUUCCAGGGAUCCCGGCAGGUCCGUGAGGAAGGCCACGGCACUCUCAGGACUAUCCUGCACAGGUGCAGAGUGAUUUUAGGAAUACUUGACGGGUCAGCCAGCCCCAUGCUGCAGCAGCACCCCAAUCCUCGUGGAUCCGCCUGCACGGAGCAGCCCCUCAGCUCUAGAGGAAGCUCCCACUCUCCCAACCACAGCUCGUCCCCUUUUGCCCAAAAUCCCACCGUAAUGAAUCCUAUGGGAAAACAGUUCUGCAGCUACCUCAGUCAGGGAGAGGGGACCUGCCCGGAGGCAGCCAGUGGAAGCCAGGCCUGGCGCUGCCCCAGUGUCCCCUGGAGCCACCAGAGCAGUGUCCUUGGCCAGAGCCCCACGUGCCUUCCACACGCUGGGUGUGCACAGGGAGAACCUCCUGCCCGGAGCCAGCGCCACACGGACACGGUGGAGCAGCUGUUGGGACUCCUGCAUUUAAGUUUUCCAGUUUUUUUUGUUUUGAGUUGUUGGAUGUAAUUAUUUGAUAUCCUGAGAUCUCUGUCCCUCUCUGAGCAGUGAGCACUGGUGGGCUUUUCCCAUCUUUCAUUCCGAGUCACUCCCAGGGUGUGAUGGUGCUGCUGUGGGAAGCUUUGGGAGCUGAGGGAACGCCUGUGCCACAUCCAGGUGUGAUCCUCAGCCACCUCCUGCUCCAUGGGAUGGACAGCAGCAUCUGAGCUGCUUCAUAGGAAUACACAUGACAUCCCACUGCUCCUCUGGGCUGGUGUCUCACACUUCCUGCCCCUGGGAUUUCGGUGUGGAGCAUUCCCAGCCUGCAGCAGGAGCCAGGCGGGGUGCCAGUGGCAGACACAUGACCAUGGAUCUGGCAGUGAGCCAUUGGUUGGUUAUCCCUGCCCACACAGAGAUGCCAGUGCUCCCCAGUUGAUCCCGGGGCAUGGCUGAGCUGGUGUGCCAGUGCUGAAGGCCAGCAGAAGGGCAAGCAGCCCCAGCCUGGCACUUCUAAAUCUGCUGUAACGAGGAGCAGCAUUUCCUGCGACAUUUCCGAUCCCUUUCUCAGGCUGUGGAAUCAAUAAAGUAUUUGUCUCUAUGUCUGGCUGCUUUGGGGGCUGUGCUGGUGCCUGUGGGCACAGAACUGGGAUCAGCCAGGACAGCUCUCAGCAGGAGGGUUUUGGGAGUCAGUGCCAGCAGCUCCA